AUGGAGUACAUCGAAACUUUUUCUCCGGUAGCUAGGAUGACAACUAUUCGAACUUUCUUAGCUGUGGCUGCAUCCAAGGCAUGGCAUGUUCACAAAUUAGACAUCGACAACGCCUUUCUCCAUGGGGAUUUAGACGAAGAGGUUUAUAUGGUUCUCCCCCCGGGCUUCCAAGGAGAGAAGCCGAACCAAGUUUGUAAACUGCUGAGAUCGUUGUAUGACUUAAAGCAGGCGAGCCGGCAGUGGAAUGCCAAACUCACAGCCACCCUUUUGCGUGAUGGUUUCAAGCAAGCAGCUGUUGAUCCGUCUCUGUUUACUAAGGGUAUAGGCCGUGACUAUAUUGCUCUUUUGAUAUACAUUGAUGACAUCCUAGUGGCAAGCAGUGAAUUAACUAAUAUUCAACAAAUCAAAGAGUCACUGGAUGAGGCUUUCAAAAUUAAAGACUUGGGUGUUCUAGGAUAUUUUUUGGGUAUUGAGGCCAAAGUCACCACUGCUGGUUUGAAUUUGUGUCAAAGGAAGUAUGCCCUUGACAUCUUGAAUGAUGCCGGAUUCAUCAAUUGCAAACCAAUGAGCACGCCAAUGGUCCCGGGUUCUCACUUAUCACAACACGAUGGCACACCGCUAAAUGAUCCCGGCAGUUAUCGUCAUUUGAUUGGGAGAUUGUUGUAUCUUACGGCCACAAAGCCGGAUAUCACAUAUGCUGUUCAUCGGCUCAGUCAAUUCGUUAGCUCUCCAACCGACAUCCACAUGGCUGCUGCACAUCGCAUACUUCGUUAUAUCAAAGGGUCGCCUGGACAAGGCAUUCUAUAUCCAACUGCCACCACCCUUCUGCUCAAGUCUUUCUCCGAUUCAGACUGGCCUUCAUGCCAUGACACCCGCAGAUCAGUCACAAGAUAUUGCAUAUUUCUUGGCCAAUCCCUUGCUUUGCAGGUUGCUGCUAGUGAGCCUACUAUUGUCUACUACGACAACAAGUCCGCUGUUGCGAUUGCUGAAAAUAAUGUCUUCCACGAAAGAACUAAGCAUAUUGAAAUCGAUUGCCACGUAGUUCGUGAAAGAAUUGCUCAAGGCCUUGUCAAGCUGCUCCCUGUUUCUACUCUCAACCAAGUCGCAGAUGGUUUUACCAAGGCUCUUCCAAUCUCACUGUUUGGAUCUUUUGUCUCUAAGCUGGGUGUUCAAAAUUUACACACUCCACCUUACGGUGGGUAUUAG